UGUUUCCCUGAAGAGUGACGCGUCAAUGGAUCGACCAAUCACCUUCAGACAGAGACCUUUUCCUACAGAUCAAAGUGUCCUGAUGGAGAGAGCAGACUCCCCUGUACCCAGCUGUGUUUCCAUGAAGAGUGACUGGUCAGUGAAGCAACGAAUCAGAUUCUUUGAGGGAUCUUUUCCUACAAAUCAAAGUGUCCUGAUGAAGAGAACAGACUCCCCUGUACCCAGCUGUGUUUCUCUGAAGAGUGACGCGUCAAUGGAUCGACCAAUCACCUUCAGACAGGGACCUUUUCCUACAGAUCAAAGAGACCAAAUGGAAGAUUGCAGUUCAGAUCUACAUGAUAAAUCGGGUUUAUCAUCCAUAUUGAAGUCACUAGAGGAAAAAGCCAUGAAGUUCCUAAAGGAGGAACUGAAGAGGUUUGUGAGGUACCUAGAUCAGAAUUACCCAGAAUGCUCUGAGCCUCAGCUGGAGGAGGACAAUGACUUGGACUGUGAUGGUCAGAUGCAGAAGACCAGUGUCAGAGAGGUAGCUCUGAAGAUAACACUGUACAUCCUGAGGACCAUGAAGCAAAAUGAUCUUGCUGACCUGCUGGACAAGAGACAGCUCAUGCUGCAACAUCAGCAGGAAUUCAAAGGUAAACUUAAGAAGCAAUUUGAGUGUGUAUUUGAAGGGAAAGCUAAGGAAGGACAGCCAACACUUCUCAGUGAGAUUUACACAGAACUCUACAUAACUGAAGGUGGGACUGGAGCAGUGAAUGAUGAACAUGAAGUGAGACAGAUUGAAACAGCAUCCAAGAAAAGGCGAACAGAAGAUACUACAGUCAAGUGCAAUGAUAUAUUUAAACCCUUAUGUGGGCGUGUGACACCUAUCAGAACUGUACUCACUAAAGGGGUGGCAGGUAUCGGGAAAACAGUCUCUGUGCAGAAAUUCAUUCUCGACUGGGCAGAAGGAAAAGCAAACCAGGAUGUUCACUUCAUAUUUGCUCUUCCUUUCCGGGACCUGAAUUUGAUUAAGGGUGAAUACAGUCUGAUUGAACUGCUUCACCACUUUGUCCCAGAACUGAAAUCAUUUCAAUCCACUGAGCUGUUUAUGUACAAAGUCUUGUUCAUCUUUGAUGGUCUGGAUGAGUGUCGCCUUCCUCUGGAUUUUCAGAACAAUGAGAGCUGGUUUGACGUAACAAAGAAAACGUCACUAGAUGUGCUGUUGACUAACCUCAUUAAGGGGAAUCUGCUCCCAUCCGCUCUCCUCUGGAUAACCUCCCGGCCAGCAGCAGCCAGUCAGAUACCUGCUGAGUGUGUCCACCAGGUGACAGAGAUACGAGGGUUUAGUGAUACCCAGAAGGAGGAGUAUUUCAAGAAGAGAUUUAAUUAUCGGAGCCUGGCCAGCAGGAUUAUCACACAUGUGAAAUCAUCAAGGAGCCUCUUCAUCAUGUGCCACAUUCCUGUGUUCUGCUGGAUUUCAGCCACUGUGCUUAAGAGGUUUUUUAGGAAGACUGACAGGGGAGAAAUUCCAAGGACUCUGACUGAAAUGUACACACACUUCCUGAUCUUUCAGACAAGUUUAAAAAAUGACAAGUAUAUGAAAAACAAUGAAACUAAGCCUAAGGAAUACAACAAGGAAUUCCUUUUAAAACUUGGUAAACUGGCUUUUGACAACCUGGAGAAAGGAAAUCUUAUAUUUUAUGAGCAAGAUCUGACAGAGAAUGGCAUUGAUGUCACUGAAACUUCAGUUUACUCUGGAGUGUGCACAGAAGUCUUUAAAGAGGAGUAUGGGUUGUACCAGGAGAAGGUGUACUGCUUUGUGCAUCUGAGCAUCCAGGAGUAUCUCGCUGCUUUAUAUGUGUUUCUGUCAAACUCAUCAGCUGACCUGCUGGAGACUGCAGUGAAUCAGGCAUUAAAGAGCAAGAAUGGACACUUGGACCUCUACCUCCGCUUCCUCCUGGGCCUCUCAACAGACUCCAGUAAGACUCUGUUACAAAAGCUACUGGGGCCGACUAGAAUCAGCUCACAUACCAUUAGGAAAACAAACCCCCUGUUAGGGUCACGGGAAGUGCGGAGCCUACCCCAGACGCUAUUGCCACAAAGCUGGGAACUACCCGGGAUGGGGGACCAGUACAUCACAGUAGCCCAAUACAUCAAGGAAAAAAUACAGGAGAAUUUAUCUCCAGAAAGGACCAUCAACCUGUUCCACUGUCUGACUGAACUUCGUGACAAUUCUCUAGUAGAGGAAGUACAAAGAUACCUGAAUUCAGGAAACAUUUCAGCAGAUGACCUCUCACCUGCACAGUACUCAGCUCUGGCCUUUGUGAUGCUGAUGUCAGAUGAGGAGCUGGAUAUGUUUGAUCUGAAGAAAUACAUCAGAUCAGAUGAAGAGCACUGCAGGCUGCUGCCUGUGGUCAAGAACUCCAGGACGGCUCUGCUGAACAGCUGUGAUCUCAUAGAUGAACACUGUGAAGUGCUGACUUCAGCUCUAAGAUCAAACUCUUCCCCCCUGAGAGAGCUGGACCUGAGUGACAAUAACCUGAAGGAUUCAGGAGUGAAGCUGCUCUCUGCUGCACUGGGGGACUUACACUGUAAACUGGAGAUAUUGAGGCUGUCAGGCUGUAGAGUCACAGAAGAAAGCUGUUCUUCCCUGACUUCAGCUCUGAAGUUAAACCCCUCACACCUGAGAGAGCUGGAUCUGAGCUACAAUCACCCAGGAGACUCAGGAGUGAAGCUGCUCUCUGUUGUACUGGAGGAUCCCAGCUGUAAACUGGAGAAGCUGCAACUGUCAGGCUGUAGAGUCACAGAAGAAGGCUGUUCUUCCCUGGCUUCAGCUCUGAGGUCAAACCCCUCACACCUGAGAGAGCUGGAUCUGAGCUACAAUGACCCAGGAGACUCAGGAGUGAAGCUGCUCUCUGCUGUACUGGAGGAUCCCAGCUGUAAACUGGAGAAGCUGCAUGUGGAUCACGGGGGAGAGUGCAGGACCAGACCAGGCUUACAGAAAUACUCCUGCCAAUUGAUGCUGGACCCCAACACAGCACAUAGACACCUGUCUCUGUCAGGGGGGAACAGGAAGGUGACAUGGGGGGCAGAGCAGCCAUAUCCUGAUCGUCCAGAGAGAUUUGACAGCUACCCCCAAGUUCUGUGCAGAGAGAGUCUGACUGGCCGCUGUUACUGGGAGGCUGAGUGGGAUGGAUAUGCAGCCCUGAUAGGAGUGACUUAUAAAGGGAUCAAGAGGAAAGGAGAGAGUGACUGUGUGUUUGGAUACAAUGACAAGUCAUGGUGUCUGCGCUGUUAUACUAACAGUUACUCUGUCCAGCACAAUAAUAAAAAGACUCUCAUAUCCAUAAAGCCCUCAGGCCCCCACAGAGUAGGAGUGUAUCUGGACUGGGGGGCUGGUGCUCUGUCCUUCUACAGAGUCUCCUCUGAUGGACUGACCUUCCUGCACAGAUUCACCUCCUCAUUCACUGAGUCCCUCUAUCCAGGGUUUUAUGUUCAUAGAAACUCCUCAGUGUCACUGUGACGUGUUGCUGGUUCUCCUGGUAAAAGGGUAAAAUCUCUGCUUUUAAACCUUUAUAAUCCUUUUUACUCUGAAAUGUACAGUACUGUGCAAAAGUCUUAGGCAGGCAAAGAAAAUGAUGUUUAGAUUAUCCUCCUGUUGGUGUAAAACUAUGAUAUGAUGCCUGUCAAAGUGUGUCAGCUUCGCCAUUUCAGAACCUCUGCUAAAAUCAUCCUAGUAUUUGCAGUGACUGUCCAGUACAGCCAUGUAUUUUUUGACUUGGCCACUAACACACCUCAUACAGCUAGUCAAUC